ACAGUUUGUGUUAACUAUCUGCAAAAAACCUGAUCUACUUGGGAUGACAUUUUGUGUUUUAAAGCUGCUUCCAGGAAAGUUACUAGCUUACCUUAGCAUAACCGGCUAGUGCAGACUGUAGCAGUUCUCCAAGUAGAAGGAGCUUCGGGCAAUUCAGGUUUAAAUUAACAACCCCUCUUUUAAUAGAUAUGAAUGGUUUACAGCUGAAUAAGUCAUCCUACUGAUUUAUUAACGUUUUCACUUUGUCUGUUUUAGCCUGCUCUUUUCACAGUCGUAAAGACAUUUUGGAGACUGUUCUGUUAGCUAAUAGCUAACUUAAUACCCAUUAAUUAUCACUUUUGUGGUUAAGUUGGUUAGCACUAUAGAGACAGUCUCCUGAAUGAAAUCACCUCCUUCUGAAUGUCUGUAAGAUGAAAGAGAUGGUGGUUGACUCCCUGGAGGAAAAAAUGUGACUAAGCCCAUUAAAAACAGGGUUGACGAGGUGGAAACAGUGGACAGCUACAGGUAUUUGGGAGUUCAUUGAAUGACAACGUGGACUGGAGGACCAGCCGUGAUGCUGUGUACAAGAAGAGGAUGACCAGACUCUAUUUUCUGGGGAGGCUCAAUGCAUGAAACAAGAUACUGGAGAUCUUCCACCAGUCUGUGGUAGUGAGUAUUUCGCUGCUGUGGGUGCAGCAUCAGUGCCAGAGAUGCCAGCAGAUGAAAAAACUAAUCAACAAGACUGGAACCAUAACUGACCAGAAUCUGGGGGUGUUUGAGUCAGCGAGAGACAGAAGGUCACUGAACAAACUGCUCUCCAUCACACCACACCCACUCCAUUCCACAUUACUGAGGCAGCAGCUUACUCUCUCUCAGAUUUAUGUUUCCUGGCUGCCAUUAAGAAUUCUUCAGAGAACCAGUCCUCCUGUUCUCUGUGAAGCUGUACAACAGGUGACCUUGUUGUGACAGAAGAGCAUCUCUGAAUGCAAAAGUCAGUCCUUGAAGUAGAUGGGCUACAGCAGCAGAAGACCACACUAUGUGCCUCUCAUGUCAGCUAAGAACAGGAAACUGAGACUACAAUUCACACGGACCUGCCAAAAUUGGACGGUAGAAGAUUGGAAAAAUCUUGAUGAGCUUUGAUUUCUGCUGCAGCAUUUGGUUGGUAGGGUCAUAAUUUGUAAACAACAUGAAAUCAGACUGCCUUGUAUCACCUGUUCAGGUUGGAGAUGGUGUAAUGGUGUGGGGAUAUUUUCUUAGUAGCUUACCUGAGUAUUGUUGCUGACUCUGUUGUUGCUAUGUCCAUCCCUUUAUGGCCACACUGUACCCACAUUCUGAUUGCUGCUUCAAGUAGGAUAAGAUGUGAAGUUCAAAUCAUCUCACUGUACUCAAAUACGCUUUAGAGUCACCAGAUCUACGUUCAGUAGCGCAUCUUUGCGAUGUGGUGGAACAGGAGAUUGCCAACAUGCAUGUGCAGCAAAUCUCUUUCAGCAUCUUGUCGGUGACAGCUUCAUUGAAAUGAUGCUAUCAAGUCAACGUGGGCAAAAUGCCUUUAGUUGUCCAGUGUUGAAUCUAUGCUGUGAAGAACCAAGGUAGUUCUAAAGGUUAAAGGGGCUCCAACCUGGUACCAGCAAGUUUAAGUGUCAGGCUUUGGCUGCCAGAUGCUGGGGAUAAUGGAUAGGACUGCAGAGGGAAAGAUGGAGAGGUUGUGGAAGGCCAGAAGAUGAUGAAGUGAUGGAGAUGUUAGGAGGCCACGGCCAUUGUGAUGCUGGGUGGCUGUUACUCCGGAGCUGCCAUCUGGCGAAAAGGGUGCUGUGUAAUGAUAUCCUCAGCCUGAAGGUGGCAGGAGAUCCAGUGCUAACCCCUAACUCUGUGUGCCUCAGGCUGGCAGGCCUCAGUAAACGUCAGAUGCGGAUGUGUGUGAGGAACCCUGAUGUGACAGCAUCUGCUCUGCAGGGGAUCCAAGUGGCCAUCCAUGAAUGCCAGCACCAACUCCGGGACCAGCGCUGGAACUGCUCCUCGCUGGAGGGCUUUGGCAAGCUGCCGCACCACAACUCCAUCCUCAACAGGGGUUUUCGGGAGAGUGCCUUCUCUCUGGCCCUGCUGGCGGCGGGCGUGGCUCACUCUGUGGCCUCGGCUUGCAGCAUGGGCAAGUUGCGGGGGUGUGGCUGCGAGGCCAAGCGUCGCCAGGACGAUGACAAGAUCCGGCUGAAACUCACACAGCUGCAGCUGCAGACGCUUCAGAAGGGUGGGGCAGGCAUCGACUUAACACGGUCAUUACCCUCAGAGCUGAAUGGUCAUCAUGGCAGCCUGCCACCUAACCUGCACUCAGCCCACCCCUCAGCCCUUCUCAAGCCCUUACCGGAUGAGCUAAGCUCUAUGCAAGACACCUGGGAGUGGGGGGGGUGCAGUCAUGACAUCCGUUUCGGGGAUCGCUUUUCCAGGGACUGGCUCGACUCCCGGGGGUCUCCAAGAGAUAUCCACGCCCGCAUGAGGAUACAUAACAACCGUGUGGGACGACAGAUAGUGACUGACAACAUGACAAGGAAAUGCAAAUGUCACGGCACAUCAGGGAGCUGUCAGUUUAAGACCUGCUGGCAUGUGUCUCCAGAGUUCCGGCUCGUGGGCUCCAUACUCAAAGAAAAGUUCCUGACAGCCAUUUUUGUCAACUCUCAGAACAAGAAUAAUGGGGUCUUCAACCCUCGGACAGAAAACGGCGCCAGUGGAACCCAAGGGGGUCUCGGCGGAGGACGUCGUCGAAUCAUGUCCAGAGAGCUGGUGUACUUUGAGAAGUCUCCUGACUUUUGUGAGCACGACGCGUCCAUAGACUCUCCGGGAACACACGGACGGAUCUGCAACAAAACUAGCUACAGCACAGACAGCUGCAGCUCGCUGUGCUGCGGCCGUGGACACAACAUCCUGAAACAGACGCGCAGCGAGCGCUGUAAUUGCAGAUUUCACUGGUGUUGUUACGUGCUGUGCGAGGAGUGUCGUCACACAGAGUGGGUCAAUGUGUGCAAGUAGACGUCAGUCUGUUCCCCCCUUAGUUCGAGCGGCUUUUACUCAUCCAGGACUCAAGAUGGCGAGCCUGUCCCUUCGCCCACUCCUGUUGUUCGAGCUUUUGUUUUUGCUCCUUGUGCAACUCUCCCAGAGAUUCUGUUUACGCCCCCCCCCUCUUUUUUUAAGUCCAUCAUCUGGGAUCUAUUUUCUUUUUGUAGACGCUGUUAUUCUCAAAAUGCCAAGUCAGAGAUUGAAGAGGUGACUCAUGUCAUUUGUCUUCCCAUGGUCUGUUUAGACGCUGGCCUUUCAGCCAUGAAAAUGGCCCAUACUUCAUCGUUUGAGUCCCACAAAGACAAAAAAAGAAAGAAAACGCAACAGCAGAGGAGCUUCAGUGUCUACAAGCUGACUCAUCUUAUUGUACAGUAACAGUUUAUUUGAAUGUGUAUGUCUAUAAUUGUAAAUGUAUUAUUAUUAAUAUUAAUAUUGUACUAGAGCCUGUCUUUUUUCAUUUCAGUGAAUGACAGAUUGAUGGUGGCCAUGUGGUUCAGCAUGGUGAAGCAGUGUGCAGAGAGAACAGUCUAAUUUUCUUUCUCCAUUUGCACCAAAACAAUACUCAUGUGUGACUCGGAAAAGUACUAAUUUGGGAACUUGUCUCACAAUCUCUCUUUACUGAUCAAAGAAGAAAAGACAGACGAUUUUUUUUUUUUUGGAAGGGUGAAUGAAUUUGACACAGUGCUUUCUCACAUGCAGGACUUUCAGAUGCUCGUCCAAGCUUGUACACUUGUAAAACUCAAGAUGGGAAACUGGAAGCAACAUCCGAUUUGGAAGCAAAUCGGAUCCCUCAAAUCUCUAGAUUGUACGACUAAUGAUUCAGAUUUAUAUAUUUAUAUAAUGGUAACAAUAGUAAUCACUUCAUGAGAAUUGGUGCUAGUGGUCAUGUUUUUUAUGACUCUGUAUCAUUACUGUGGCAGCAAAAAUGCUCUCUCUUGUGUAUAACUGUACUGUGAUUUGUGUUACUUUCCUAUGAAAUUGUGACUGGGCUCUUGA